GAUGAUCAAUUGAGGAUGGUGGAGGGAACGGACGCCCCUUUGAGGAACAUUUCUACCGGAAAUCGGGACAGCAAGUUUCUCUCUUUUCCCUGGGUGGUUUCUCUACUCUCCAGCGUCCUGAUCACUACUAUUAUAGUAGACGUACUGGGCAACCUGUUGGUCAUUGUAUCAGUCUUUAGAAACAGAAAACUCAGGAAGGCAGGCAAUGCCUUUGUGGUGAGUUUGGCAAUAGCAGAUCUGGUAGUAGCCAUCUACCCGUAUCCACUAGUGCUAACCGCAAUCUUCCAUGACCGCUGGAUUGCCGGUGACAUUCACUGCCAAAUCAGUGGCUUCCUAAUGGGGCUCAGCGUUAUUGGCUCGAUUUUCAACAUCACAGGUAUCGCCAUCAACCGCUACUGUUACAUCUGCCACAGCCUUAAGUAUGAUAAGAUCUUUUCCAACAAGAAUACGGUAUGCUACGUCAUCCUGGUCUGGGUGCUGACUAUCCUGGCCAUCAUCCCAAAUUGGUUUGUGGAGUCUCUACUGUACGACCCACGGGUAUAUUCAUGCACCUUUGCCCAAUCAGUGAGCUCGCUCUACACCAUCACAGUGGUGGUGGUACACUUCAUCCUGCCCAUCGGUAUCGUCACAUACUGCUACCUGCGUAUCUGGAUUCUUGUCAUACAGGUCCGGAAACGGGUCAAGCCUGACAGUCGACCCAAGAUCAAGCCUCACGACUUCCGGAACUUUCUCACCAUGUUUGUGGUGUUCGUGUUGUUUGCCAUCUGCUGGGCUCCUCUGAACUUAAUUGGCUUGGCAGUGGCAAUCCACCCUAGACUGGGCCAAGCAAUACCAGAGUGGCUCUUCACAGCCAGUUACUUCAUGGCAUACUUCAACAGCUGCCUAAAUGCUGUUAUAUAUGGAGUGUUAAACCACAACUUUCGAAAAGAGUAUAAAAGGAUUGUACUGGCUAUUUUCAGGUUUCACUGUUGAGAGUUUUCACAAGGAGACAAGCACUGUGUCUUCCCUAUAGUACGAAAGCUUUUCAAGAGUGGUGACUUACACUUGGGAGUAAUGUUGCAUCUGUUGUCAUCAGAAAGUUUUUUUUAUUGUUUGAAUUUUGUCAUACCAACUAUGGACAUAUUUUGAGUUGUCACUGUAUGUACGUGCUUAAAAUAGCACAGAAUGGUAUAUGAAUUUACGUUCUUUGUUUAAAAUAUAAUUUGCACAAUGAGAAUGAUUUUGUACAAGCUAUGUACAAGUAUCGAAAACAAAGAAAACCUCCUGUUGAAGACCAUUUGAAAUGUGAAUUACUAUUUAAAUGACUUAAAGGAAUAUUCUGGGUUCAGUACAAGUUAAGCACAAUCGACAGCAUUUGUGGCAUAAUGUUUAGUCGUUUUUGGAGCGGACUACUAUUGUUGGUGGAUGAACAUCUAGUUAUUCGUCACUGACGUUACGACAUCUUGGCAACAAAAUUGUAAAAUUGGAUAUAACUUUACAUAUAAGGUUAGUAAGUUAUGUUAACAAGCAUAUUGUUUACAUCUUGUGGCUAUACUUUUGAAACAAUGAGUAUUUUAAUGUUUACGAAUUGGUCCCAUUGUGCCUCACUGUAACCUCGAUUUUUGCUUCUUUUUUUUAAAUAAAAGGAGGGACAACUCAAAAUAAAUUUUUGUGGUAAUCAACAUUAUACCACAAAUGCUGUUGAUUUAGCCAAACCUUUAUUGAACCCAGAAUAUUAUUUUAAAAUGUGCUUGAUUUUGUGAUGAAAAAUGUCAUUCCUAAAAAAAUAAAUAUAAAUAUAAAACAUUUAAGAAAAAAUACAAUUGUUUUAAAACAAAUAAUGUCAUUUUCAUUUUAAGGAUUAUUUUUCUGACCAUGGUGACAUUUACUGGUAAAAUAUUUGAUUCCAUAAAAGAAAGGUUUUUCAAAACAAUUAUUGAAUAUUUUAAGCACUCUUAAUGGAGCAUAUCAAAUAAAAAUUAAACUUGCAUUUAAAUUGUCUUUUAAUCUAUAACUAGCACAUAAAUUCAACUCAAUUUAAUUAG